AAGAAAAUCAAUGUCAAUUAAAGAGAAUUUGGGUAGCAGAAAAGGACAGGCAAAUCCUGGUAAUAGAGGAGCCCACUUUCACAGUCUCUCAGUAUAUAAAGAGUUCACGGGCAAGAAUUGCUUCUUCCACAUAGCAACUGUCAUAAAAACACAAACACCAUCACCAUCACCAUCUUCAUCAUCAUCCUCACAAAUGGUAACCAGACAAUCUAUCAUUGUUCUGCUUAUAAUUCUGCUUAAUAUCCAUAGCCAAACCAUCCAUGCAAACCCAAUAAAAACCGUAGUUGUGCUUGUAAUGGAAAAUCGUUCAUUUGAUCACAUGCUUGGCUGGAUGAAGAAAUUCAAUCCAGAGAUCAAUGGUGUUGAUGGAAGUGAAUCAAACCCAUUAAACACAAGUGAUCCGAAUUCUAAUAAAGUCUUCUUCCAGAAUCAAGCUCAGUAUGUUGAUCCUGAUCCUGGUCAUUCUUUUCAGGCUAUCAGGGAGCAAAUUUUUGGGUCUAACGAUACCUCAAAGCUUCCUCUAAUGAAUGGUUUUGCUCAACAAGCUCUUUCUAUGGACCCUUCAGCUGCCAUGUCUAGAGAUGUCAUGAAUGGGUUUGAUCCUGACAUGGUCGCUGUUUACAAGACUCUUGUUUCAGAAUUUGCUGUCUUUGACAGGUGGUUUGCCUCUGUACCAUCAUCAACACAGCCCAACAGACUCUACGUACAUUCAGGGACUUCAGCCGGAGCCACCAGCAACAUUCCGGCCUUACUCAUAAAGGGUUACCCACAGAGAACCAUUUUUGAGAAUCUUGAUGAUGCCAAGAUAUCAUGGGGAAUAUACUUCCAGAAUAUUCCGGCCACCUUGUUUUACAGGAAUCUGAGGAAGCUUAAAUACAUUGGCAACUUCCACUCUUACGACUUGACGUUUAAAAGGCAUGCCAAAGAAGGCAAGUUACCGAGAUAUGUUGUGGUGGAGCAGCGGUACAUGGAUACUAAACUAGCCCCUGCCAAUGAUGAUCAUCCUUCCCAUGAUGUUCAUCAAGGCCAGAUGUUUGUCAAAGAGGUGUAUGAGACACUAAGGGCAAGCCCACAGUGGAACGAGACUAUGCUAGUGGUAACAUAUGAUGAGCAUGGUGGGUUCUAUGAUCAUGUGGCGACACCUGUGAAUGGGGUCCCCAGUCCAGAUGGGAUAGUGGGUCCAGAGCCAUUUCUCUUCAAGUUUGAUCGUCUCGGGGUUAGGGUUCCCACUAUCGUAGUCUCUCCUUGGAUACAGAAAUCCACCGUUGUUCAUGGUCCCAAAGGUUCGCCAUUUCCGACAUCAGAAUAUGAACAUUCAUCCAUUCCGGCGACAGUGAAGAAGAUCUUCAAUCUGUCGUCUCCCUUCCUUACUAAGAGAGAUGAAUGGGCAGGCACCUUUGAGGGCAUUGUCCAGACUCGUAAGGAGCCCAGAACUGAUUGCCCAGUGCAACUACCAACUCCAGCCAAGAUCAGGGAAGGGGGCGCGAAGGAAGAAGCAAAGCUUAGCGAAUUCCAGCAGGAGCUACUCCAGCUAGCAGCAGUGCUGAAAGGAGAUCACAUAUUGACAAGCUACCCUGAAAAGAUAGGGAAAGAAAUGACAGUAAAGCAAGGGAAGGAGUACAUGGAGGAUGCGGUGAAACGGUUCUUCGAGGCAGGACUUUACGCCAAGAAAAUGGGAGUUGACGAAGAACAAAUUGUUCAAAUGAGACCGUCCCUGACUACUAGGUCACCUAAACCAACCAACAGCCAGCCAUAAAGAACAUAUUAUGUUAUACAGCAUUCACAAAUGUAACAACAGCAACAGAAAGUAAAAGAAGAAAUAAUGGUUUCGCCAUCUUUCACGUUAA